CUCCUCUCUAUCUCUCUCUCUACCUAAGGAAUUCUAUCCACUCCAUAUCAGAAUCAUCCAAGGCAAGAGAACUCAAAUACAAUAACCUAUACCAGAAUAGAUGGAUUGGCAAGGACAAAAAUUAGCAGAACUUCUAAUGCAGGUUCUACUUGUAAGCUUUGCAGUGGUGGCAUUUGCAAUAGGAUAUGUUCAAGGUUCAUUUAGGACAAUGUUGAUGACAUAUGCAUAUGGUUUGGGAUUCACCACUUUACUUACUGUUCCCAAUUGGCCUUUCUACAAUCGUCAUCCUCUAAAAUGGUUGGAUCCUAGUGAAGCUGAAAAACAUCCAAAACCGGUUAUUGGUAAUUCUAGUCCUAAGAAGAAAGUUGCAAAGAAGUAGGCUAAGUUGAGUUUUGGAAUUUUCUUUUAUCUUACAAACAAUUGCGAGUUAAAUACAUUCAGUUGUUGCAAAGGACAUCAGUCAUAUGAUACUUUUUGAAUUGGAGUUGUUCUUGACCUUUUUGUUUUGUUCAUAAUAUGUUUCUGAUUUGCAGA